ACCAUAGAGUCCGGAAGCGCGGCCAGAGCGGCUCCCGGGGGCCGCGCGCUCCGGCCCGGGACAGCGAGGGCCGCGCCCGGGCGGGCGGGCGGGAUGGCCGCGGCGCUGGCCCUGAGGGUGGUCACCGGGCUGGCGGCCGCGGCGCUGGCGGCCGUGCUCUUGGAGCACUACGGCCUGGCCGGCCCGCCCUCGCCGCUGCCCCAGCCCCGCGCCCCCAGAAGCCCGCACCCCGCCCCGGGCCCUGAAGCCGGCAACCUCUUCUGGGGUCUGCAGAUAUCCGACAUUCACCUGAGCAGGUAUCACGAUCCAGGCAGAGCUGUAGACUUAGAGAAAUUCUGCUCUGAAACUAUUGACAUCAUUCAACCAGCCCUCGUCCUAGCCACAGGAGACCUGACAGAUGCCAAAACAAAGGAACAAUUGGGAUCCACACAGCAAGAGGUAGAAUGGCAAACUUACCAACAUAUUCUGAAGAAGACAAGGGUCAUGGAAAAAACCAAGUGGCUCGAUAUCAAAGGAAAUCAUGAUGCAUUCAACAUUCCAAGUCUGGACAGUGUCGAGAAUUAUUACAGGAAAUAUUCUGCUGUACGUAGGGAUGGCUCUUUCCAUUAUGUCCAUAGUACUACCUUUGGCAACUAUUCUUUCAUCUCUGUGGAUGCCACCUUAAAUCCAGGCCCUAAGAGACCCUAUAAUUUCUUUGGAAUUUUAGAUGAGAAACAAAUGGAGGAACUUUUAUUACUAGCCAAGGAAAGUAGUCAGAGCAACCACAGUAUUUGGUUUGGACACUAUACAACAUCUACUAUCCUUUCUCCAGCACCAGGAAUUCGGUCAAUAAUGAGUUCAGCGACAGCUUAUUUUUGUGGGCACCUCCAUACACUUGGUGGACUGAUGCCUGUGUUGCACACUCGUCAUGCCCAGGGCACUUUGGAACUUGAGGUGGGAGACUGGAAGGACAACAGAAGGUACCGGAUCUUUGCUUUUGACCAUGACCUCUUCAGCUUUGCAGAUUGGACUUUUGAUGAGUGGCCUGUGGUUCUCAUCACCAAUCCUAAGUCACUCCUCUAUAGUUGUGCUAAACAUGAACCACUAGAAAGACUCCUUCAUUCAACACACAUCAGGGUUUUGGCUUUUUCCCUAUCCUCCAUUGCUUCUGUCACAGUUAAGAUUGAUGGAGUUCAAUUAGGGCAGGCUGUUCAUUUGUCUGGGCCUAUUUUCAUACUCAAGUGGAAUCCAAGAAGCUACAGUAAUGGUACACACAACAUAGAAGUAAUUGUCCAGGAUUCUGCAGGAAGAAGUAAAAGUGUUCACCACAUAUUUUCUAUUCAAGAAGAUAUUCAUCUCAGAUUUGAUCCCCUGGCAUCAUUUAUUCUCCUUACCGAUCACUGCAUCGUGGCUCGGGUUCUUUUUGUGAUGAUUGUGCUGAUUCAACUCACCAUUCUCAUUAUUUUUAGGCAUCGAGGAUUUACAGAACAUAAAGGACCUCCAGGAUUUAUAGUUUUGACAUCAUUUUCCCUUCAUGUCUUGAGCAAAAUAAACAUCUUCUACUAUUCUGUGUUGUUGCUGACCUUAUACACAGUCCUGGGACCGUGGUUUGUUGGCGAAAUCACUACAGGCAAAUUCGGUUGCUGCUUUUCCUUUGGAAUCUUUGUCAGUGGGCGUUUCCUACAAGGCAGCCUAACAUAUGUAGUUGGAAUUCUCCAGCUGGUGUUUUUUAACAUCCCCUUGAUGGCUUACUUGUGUUGGAGCUUGCUGCAGCGGUGCUUUGGCCACAACUUCACGUCUCAUCUCCGCCAAGGGACAUACUUGAAAAUUAUACCUGUUCACCUGUUUAUGCUACUGAUGUACAUCUGGCAGAUUUAUUCCUGCUACUUUCUUCAUAAGACAUAUGGCACUAUAGCUCUUUUAUUCUCUCCUUUGCGGACCUGGUUGACACUGUUGACACCUGUUCUCAUUCGUUCUGUGUGGACACUGAACUCCACCAAGCUUGGAACCUUCGUAGGGCAGUUAAAAAGUCACCUGAGUUCCUGAAGGCCCUGUCUCACCAUAUGCAUCUGCAGCCCUGGCCUCUGCCCCAGCAGCAGGUGGAAGGCCAAUAUUAGUGGGUGACCUUCUGGGAUCAACCACUCCUUGAACUCCCUGCAGUUGGGUGAAUUAAUCCACUACUGAUUCCUGCAGAAUGGACUGCAGAAAAAUCUCAAAAUAAUGCCAUGAUUCCUUCCUUCCCCAGGAAGGCAAAGGGUUGAUUUACUUUGUGAAGAGAAAGCCUUAAUCUGGGACAUCCUCAGGACAAGGGCUAGGUAUAUGUAUGGGCAUAUCUAAGGCCUAGUGUGUUUUUAGGGUUACCUCAUGUAAAAUACCUAACACUGUGUCUGGAACUGGACAACCGUCAAGGGGCAAGUGCAAACUUGAACCCAGCCCUGACUAUCCUUGUUAUAUUAGCUCCAAGUUCUCUUUUCCUGAAGGAUUAUGGGCUCUGCUUCCUAGUCGGGGGUGUUUUCAACUAAUCGAAUAAAUGAAUGAUGAAUGAGAAA